AUGGUCGAUAGCGAAGCGAACUCCCCCACGUGGAAGUUCACUCAGUGCUUUGGUGACAAGGGCGAUGUUGAGGACAUCACUGAAGCCGAUAUCAUCUCAACGGUCGAGUUCGACCAUACUGGCAACUAUCUCGCCACGGGAGACAAAGGCGGGCGCGUCGUGUUGUUCGAGCGAAACGAGACGAAAAAGACUUGCGAGUACAAGUUUCACACCGAGUUCCAAUCCCAUGAGCCCGAGUUUGACUACCUAAAGUCCCUCGAGAUUGAGGAAAAGAUCAACAAAAUCAAGUGGUGCCGUCGACAAAACUCCUCUCACUACCUACUAUCCACCAACGACAAGACCAUCAAACUUUGGAAAGUCUUUGAGAAGUCACUCAAAGUCGUGGCCGAAAACAACCUCUCUCACGAUGUCACUCCUGGCAGUCUGGCCGGCGGUGGUGGUGCUGCUCGACCCCUCCCAGCCCACCAGUUUCGGAAUGCCGCCGAUCUAAAGCUGCCUCGCCUCACACAUCACGAUACCGUCGUCGCCGCCGUGCCGCGCCGAACUUACGCCAACGCCCAUGCCUACCACAUCAACAGCAUUUCUGUGAACAGUGACGGAGAGACCUUCAUCAGCAGCGAUGAUUUGCGCAUCAACCUGUGGAACCUCAACAUCCAAGACCAGAGCUUUAACAUCGUCGACAUCAAGCCCGCUAAUAUGGAGGAGCUGACCGAGGUCAUUACAGCCGCCGAGUUCCACCCCAUGAGCUGCAACUGGUUCAUGUACGCUAGUUCAAAGGGUACAAUCAAGCUUGCCGACAUGCGAGAGAGUGCCCUAUGCGACCAGCACGCGAAAUGUUUGUAUCCCCAGUCUCGCGAGGACCCAUCUUCAAGGUCAUUCUUUUCCGAAAUUAUUUCGUCCAUCUCCGAUGUUCGAUUUUCGUACGAUGGCCGAUAUAUUCUUUCUCGCGACUACCUCACAGUCAAAAUUUGGGAUAUCAACAUGGAGCGACAGCCCGUCAAGACAAUACCGAUCCACGAGCAUCUGCGCCCGCGAUUGUGCGACACGUACGAGAACGACAGCAUAUUUGACAAGUUUGAGGUGGUAUUUUCGGGCGAUGCCAAGAACGUCAUGACGGGCAGCUACAACAACAAUUUCAUGAUUUACCCGUCAGACCCCGACAAGGAGGUCGAGGUCGUUCUCCAAGCCGAUAAGUCGGCUUUCAAGGCGAAGAAGGUCGGAGUACCCACCCCCAUCAACUCGUCGACGAGCCCGACAUCCACCAAUGGCAGCAAGAAGGGUGGCUCACGGGCAGGAAGCCCUGGUGGGCAGGGUCAGAGAAUGCGGAAGGAGACGGAUGCCGAUCAGAUCGACUUCAACAAGAAGAUCCUACACAUGAGCUGGCAUCCGUUCGAGGAUAGCAUUGCAAUUGCUGCGACAAACAAUGUGAGUUGCGAAAAAGUACGGUACCUAGAAGGUUUGCCGCAGCUAACAUGUCGAUUGCAGCUCUUCAGAAAGGCGACCAAGGCUCCAGACAUGACCCGCCGCGAUGAUGCCCAUCAGAACGCAAUUGAGCUGGAGCUGGAGUCUGGGCCGUCCUCGUUGGCGCAGCGCUUCGCCCGUGAGAUGGGCCCUUCUCUGCUUUCCGCGGCGACCAUGCUCGGCCUGAUAUUUGGUGGAUGCUGCUCCAACGUCUACGCCCUCGAAGCUAUUGUGAAAGCUCAGCUGACCAUAAUCGCAGGCACUCUCCUGACCUUCGUGCAAUUCCUCUUUGUAGCCGUUACAGGCUUCAUCGCCCAGUUUGACAAGCAAAACCCCUACUUUAUUGCCCCCAACAAGGUUCCAAUACGUCGCUGGCUUGUCAACAUUGUUCUCUUCUUUACCAUCAAUGUCCUCAACAACCAUGCCUUCAGCUACGAUAUCUCUGUGCCGGUUCACAUCAUCCUCCGCUCCGGAGGCAGUAUCACCACCAUGGCCGCUGGGUAUCUCUAUGGCAAGAGAUACACCCGCAUGCAGGUCGUAGCCGUUGUUCUGCUGACACUUGGUGUCAUCAUGGCCGCGUGGUCGGAUUCUCAGGCUAAGGCAACGAAGGAGAGCAGUGGCCGGCCGGCUUUCGGCACUGGCCUAGUAAUCCUUUUCGUUGCUCAAGUGCUCUCGGCCAUCAUGGGUCUCUACACGGAGGCUACGUACGUUAUUUACGGUCCACAGUGGCGGGAGAACUUGUUCUACUCCCACGCGCUUUCCCUGCCGCUUUUCUUACCUUUUUUCCCGUCAAUGGCACGUACUCUAGGUCAUUUGCUACAGAGCCCGCUCAUUCAAAUGCCUGGCCUUUUGAGCAUAGCCUCUGACUCCAUCCCGGUCCCGAGCCAACUCGUCUACCUGGCCAUCAACGUCUUGACCCAGUACGCCUGCAUUCGUGGCGUCAACCUCCUGGCCGCAGUCUCCACAGCUCUGACUGUAACCAUUGUCCUCAACAUUCGGAAACUUGUAAGCCUUCUUCUGAGCAUCUGGUUAUUCGGCAAUCGUCUCGCACCUGGUACUAUGCUCGGUGCUAUCAUUGUGUUUAGUGCCGGAGGGUUAUACACAAUGGGUACGAAACGCAAGGUGGAGGAACCGACUGUGGCCAAUGUACGAGAGGGAAAAGCCAGCUGA